GGAAGGAAGAGAUGACUGUCACGGUGAAAGAGGGGGAGGAAGAGAUGACUGUCACAGUGAAAGAGGGGGAGGAAGAGAUGACUGUCACAGUGAAAGAGGAGAUUGGAGAUCUGAUUAACACCAGGAAUGUGAACAUUGAGUCUUUCCAGAUCUUCUCGUGCACUGGCUGUCCGUUCUCCUUCACCUCUCAGAUCUUCCUCCUCAAGCACAUAAAGAGAUGUCACCAUGAUGAGUAUGUCAGACUGUUGAGGAGUGGAGAGAUCAGAUCAGAGAAUCUCAUGUCCUCCAGCAGCUCACAACACCAUGGAACCACCAUAGCUUUAUUCAACCCAGCUCCCACCAGGAAACGGAGAGACACGGACGAGCCACGACCACACUGUUCUCAGUGUGGGGAGAGCUUCACAACAGGGAGAAAUCUCAUCAGACACCAGCCAGCCCAUUCACACAGGAGAGAAGCUGUUCCACUGCUCCCAGUGUGGGAAGUUUCAGGGAGUCAGGAAAUUUAAAGAUACAUGAGCGCAUUCACACAGGACAGAAGCAAUUCCACUGUUCCCAGUGUGGGAAGAGCUUCAGGAAGUCAGGAAAUGUCAAGAUAUGUGGGAAGUGUGGGAAGAGCUUUGGUUUCAUAGAUGUUUUAACAGCACACCCAGCGCACUCACACAGGAGAGAAACCGUUCCACUGCUCCCAGUGUGGGAAGCAUUUCUGGAAGUCAGGAAAGUUAAGAAUAAACUAGCGCAUUCACACAGGAGAGAAGCCAUUCCACUGUUCCCAGUGUCGGAAGACUUUCAUUCGAAAUCUAAAGACGCACCAGUGUUCUUAAAAAGUAAAGAAGAUGUAACUUGUAAUUAGGAUGGUAAUGUGACAAUGAGAUUCAUAACUUUAUAUUCUAUCAAGAAACAUGACUGAAGUAUUUUGUACAUAGAUACCAGCUUUGGGAUUAGUUCAGGAAGUACAAUUUAAAUUCCAAUGUUUUUCAAUUAGUAAAAUUUGGACUUGACAUGGAAUUGACCCCAACUCUGAUAGAUAAUGUUGAAUUAUUCUGAUAUGAUAUUCAGGGAACUCACAUUUAAAAAUAGUACAUUACACAUGUGUAUAUUAACUGUAAAUAUUUAACUAAUCUUCAUGAACUGAAAUGUAUACCCCCUCAAAUCAUAAACAUGGCAAGAUUUAAAUCUGUUUUUGAUAUCAUAAUAAAAUACACAUCUCCUCUC